AUGCGCCAGAGAUAUAUCUCUUACUUGGGGCUUCUCUUGAUGGCUGCUUCUGUCAAUGCACAAGGCACCUCCAGCAACAUUACCAGCCCCACUCGUGAAGAUGGAGAUGACGAUCAUCUGUCCUCUGGAGAUGAUGAUUAUUAUGACUACUAUUACACACCACUGGAAGUGCAGCUGGUGACAUACCUUCCCAAGCCAUUCUCACUAAUCUCUUUGGUGUGUUCUUAUGUUAUAAUUCGAGAGAUUUUGUGUGAGAAGAAACUCAGAGGAAGAGUUGGCGGUACACCCAUUAAUAGGAUGCUCAUGGCCAUGGCCAUUGGAGACAUUUUCUUUAGUUUGGCCUAUUUUCUUGGUCUUUGGGCCGCACCUCAAGAAGCAUCAUUUGGGCUGGAAGGGCAAGGUACUGUGGGAUCAUGUACCUUUCAAGGAUUCUUAUUCCAGCUGGGGAUUAUGGUAUCGGUCAUGUCAAGCUACUCAUUAUCAAUCUUCUAUAUACUUUUGGUGUGCCGAAACUGGAGAGAUAGUGAUUUGGAAGACUGGGAAUAUCCGAUUCAUGGCGUAAUAUGGCUCAUUUCACUGGGGCUAGCAAUCUACCCGAUUCCUUUGGAGUUAUACAACAGCAAUGGUCCAACAUGUUGGGUUGAUUCUUUCCCCGCAGAUUGUGCUGGCGAUGACUGUAUUCGAGGGCCGGAUCCCACACUCCACCAGCUAGCCCUGACAAGUGUAGCAUUUGCCUUUCUGCCGCUCAGCUUGAUUUUAAAACAUGGGAUUCUUAUUGUACAGAGUGUGUCGUGUCGAGAACACUACCAGGCGUCAACUGCAGUUGCAAAGCAGGCACUAUUCUACACACUUGCCUUCAUCAUGGCAUACCUUCCUGAUCUGGUUUUGACAAUUGCAUACACAGUAGAUGAGACUUACCAUGUUGUCACAGACAGCUUGGCAUAUGGAAUUCUCUUGCCAUCUGCAGGGACAUUCAACUUUCUUGUAUUCUCCAGACUUCGGAGAAUGAAAACGCCGGAAGGCCGCAUCCUCAGGCGCAUCUUCUUUUGCUUGUACUGCAGGGCCCCCAUGGAUACAAUGACUGCAGUAUUUGCUCGAACUGACAGAGGGAGCACAAAUGCACCAACCAGCUCCAAUGUACCUGCGGAUGUUGAGAUAAUUGCAGAAUUAUCAACUGAGGAAGCAAAUGGAAGUAAAACACGCACGGCCAAGGUUGCCAUCAAACCACCGACAGAUGAGGAUGUUGAAAGCGGCCCGCCGCCGCUCAUUUCCAUGGCGGCUGAUGGGAGCAAUGAUGAGUUUGCUAGUGCCUGA